AUGGUGGACAUCAUUUUACGCUGGAGGCAUCUCCUUUAUCGCUGCCAUCGCUACACGGAGAUACCUGCAAUACGCAAGCAGGAGGUAGAGGGAGAAGAGGAGAAACCGGUUGGUGCUGUCGUGGAGGCUCAAAGGGACGAUCAAGGAGAUGCUGCUUCUAGUGGACAGGAGAGGAGCGCUGAGGAAGGGGACGAAACUGCGGUCAAUACAACGGAGGAGGAAUCAAAGGCUGAAGGAGUGAAGACGGGAGAGAGUGUCGAUUCUGAAGCGAGGAAGGAAGAUGGUGGGGCUGGUAACGAGGAGAAGGAGAAGGACAACUCGAAACUGGUAAAGGAGGAGAAUGCGCCUUUGGUGGAGGCGGCUGAUCCACAGGGAGAUGGGGGGGAGAAGGGGAAGGAGCAGUCAGAGAGUAGCGAGGAAGUGGGUGUUACUGAGGCUGCAGUGAUGGAGAAAACUGCCAAGACUGAGGAGAGCUCGUCUCUCGAGACUCCUGAUUCUAUGCCGAGCAUGACCAGCAGCGAGACUAGGAAGGAAUCUCCGAGUAGUGAGGAAGAGAGUGAAGAGGUGGUCGUGAAGAAGGAGGGUAGUCAACAUAGAGAGAGCGAAAGUAAAGUGGAGGAAGAGGAAGAGACUGAGGAGCCUCCUGGAGUAGCAACGAUGAUAGCACAGUCCAUGAUAGCUCAGAGGUUCAGCGACUAUAAAGCACCCCCGCCAAUGGACCCUGCUGCUGACGGGUCGUCUGGGAGGAAGUAUGUUGCGCCUCCUAAGUUCAGAGGAGGGCAGAGGUUAUUCCCAUACCAAUUGGAGGGGUUGAACUGGCUGAUAGAAUGCUGGGAGCAAGGAAGGAAUCCGAUACUAGCCGACGAGAUGGGUUUGGGCAAGACUAUUACUACUAUAGCCUUUCUGAAUUACCUUUUCACGGUAGAAAGAGUGAAAGGGCCCUUCCUUGUGGUGGCGCCUCUGUCGACUCUGGGGCAUUGGAAGAAGGUGGCGGACCAGUGGACGGACAUGAACUGUUUAUAUUACCACGAUGAGGGCGGCAGGGAAGGACGGUCGGAACUCCGGGAUUCUGAAUUCUACCACUUCGCCCUCGACUAUGAUGUGCUCAACGGCAAGAGGUAUCCAGAGCAGCCCGAUCCGUGCCCACUGAGGAAGAGCACAUACUUCAAGUUCAACAUUCUUUUAACAAGUUAUGAGCUCAUUAUGACGGACGAAGAGUAUCUUGCGCCUAUUCCAUGGCAGUAUGUGGUUAUAGAUGAGGCUCAUAGACUCCGUAAUAGAGAAGCUAAGACUCUCCAGGUUAUGGAGUCCUUAUCGUGCCGGUAUACCAUGUUAUUGUCUGGCACGCCACUUCAGAAUAAUAUCGGGGAACUUUGGGCCCUACUGCAUUUUAUAGAGCCUGUCAAGUUCUGUAGCAAGGAGGCAUUUGAGCAGGAGUUCGGCGAGUUGAAGACGGAGAAGCAGGUUGAGAGCUUACAUAGACUGCUGCGGCCUCAUCUACUGCGGCGGCUAAAGGAAGAAGUGGCGGAUGAGUUGCCCGAUUUAGAGGAGACUAUCAUUGACGUGGAGCUCACGAAGUUACAGAAGGCCUAUUACAGGGCUAUAUUCGAACGGAACAAAACGUAUCUCUCGGGAGCACAGAAGAGUGGCGGGCCGAGCCUGAUCAACCUGGAGGUCCAACUUCGGAAAUGCUGCAAUCAUCCCUUUACUAUUGAUGGUGUGGAGGAGCGAGAGUUGGCCAUGUGUCAGAACAAGGACCAGGAGUUCAAUCGAAUGAUAAUGGCGUCGGGGAAGAUGGUGUUGUUGGACAAGCUGUUGCCGAAGCUGCAUGCAGAGGGCCAUAAAGUGCUGCUCUUCUCGCAGUUUCUCAGCAUGCUUGACCUCAUACAGAGAUAUGCCCUUUAUCGAGGAUACAGUGUCGAGAGGUUGGACGGUUCGGCGACUGCGAAGGCAAGGGAGGAGGCGAUCGAUCGCUUCAAUACUCCCGAAUCAAGCGCUUUCCUUUUCCUGCUCUCUACUAGAGCUGGUGGUAUUGGAAUUAACCUUACCGCAGCCGAUGUUGUGAUUAUAUUUGAUUCCGACUGGAAUCCUCAAAUGGAUAUACAGGCAACAGCUCGAGCCCAUAGGAUAGGGCAGACGAAGGAUGUGAAGGUGUAUCGGCUGGUCACUAAUAGGACCUACGAAGCGCAGAUGUUUGAACGAGCUAGUCAGAAACUUGGAAUCAACGAAGCGGUCUUCCAGCGUGGAGCAUUCGAUGGCGAAGGCAAGAAGAAAGGGCACGGAGCAAGCGGCCUGUCGAAGGAAGAGAUAGAGGAGUUGCUGAAAAAGGGGGCUUACUAUCUCCUCGAGAAUAACGAGGAGUCGAAGCAGUUCGAGCAAUCUAAUAUAGAGGAUAUCCUUUCGAAGAAGUCUCGUUUAGUGAAAUACACUCGAGCCUCCGGUGGUGGCACUUUCUCCAAGACCUCCUUUGCCGUCACAGGUAGCGCUGAAAUCGAUCUGGACGACCCUGACUUCUGGUCUAAGAUGUUGGGAGAAGAGGCAGCUGGACAAAAUUCGGUGGCUAUAUUGGCACAGAAGCUCCACGAUGAGACGGCCGUCGCCUCGCCAGAGGCAAAGGCUCAGUUCAUGAAGGAGAUGGAGACGCAAGUUGAGGGGUAUGGUGCGAUGACUGAUCCCGAGCAACGGGAGAAGGUGGUCCAGUGUUUGGUGAUGAUGGCUAAUAUGAGAGGCUUCACGAAGGCGGAGCAUAGGGAGAUAUCCGCGUGGUUGGUGAAGACUACAGCGGCUGAGGAUGCGAUCAAAGAGAGUCAGCCCAAGCCGGGACUUUUUGAUACUCCUAUUGAUUCAGCCUCUGUGAGUGUUGCUGAUAGUGACCAGGGAGGUGGAGGUGGUGGUCGGAGACUCCGCAGAACGCAUUCUAGAAUAGAGGGUGCCGGGGCUUACAUUGAGGAGCCCGUGGGGAAGAGUAUCACACCGGCAUCUUCGGUGACUCGGAAGCGUCGGAAGCGGCGGACUCCAAAGUCGACCACGUCGCAGGCAGAGAGUGCAGGGGCUGUUGAACAGAAGGAUGGUGCUGAACCUAGUAACACGGCUGGAUUUGACUAUGACAAAUUUCGAGCUGAUAUAUGAAAUGGUUAUUCGAACCAACAUGAAGUGAUUAAUGGUUGAAUAACGUUGUUUGUAUUUUAGCUCCAAAAAAGAGGCGAAAAUCAACGAAGUCGAAGACGCCCAAAUCGGGAGAGAAGAAAAAUUCCAGAAAGUCGAGGAAGAGCAGCAGUAGCAGUACGAAGGGAAAGCGGCGACAUAAGCUGGGAGAGUCUGAGGGUGAUGAUGACGAUGAAGAGGAGGAGGAUGAUCCCAAUGAUGCUGACUAUGUGCCUGUCGCCUUCGAGCCCCCUAUUGUAGGAGCAGACGGGUCCGAAUGAUGACAUAAGCUUUCGUUAUGAUGGCUAAUGAGAGAAGUGAAUCGGGGCCUGUGCAUUAUACUCAUCAUUGAA